UUGUAUUUUCUUUCAGCUCGUUUUUUUUUAAAACAAAAACUCUCUUUCAUCUUAUAGUUCACCCGCAGAGUAAACCCAAAAAUUUAUGUAAUUUUCUAUAGAUUCUGCUCGCACUAUGCAAUUAGCUCUUCAUUCAAAGGUAAUUGACUUUAGGCUCCGCCUACUCUUACGGCUAGUACAAAUACCGAUGACUUGUAAUAGAACAAUGACCAUUUGAGAAGACACGUGCUGCAAUCAUCAUUAUCAUCGUCGUUGUCGUCAUGCUAUCUUGUUCGGAAGAAAUCUUAAAAAAGAAUAAUAAGAGAAUGGUUCGUCGUCCGUACAUUCCUCAUGCGGAGAGGCCUGAAAAAUCCGUGGUUAGGAGAAAUCAGAGAGAGAGGAAGAGAAUGGAAGGUUUAAAUGUAGCCUUUAAAGAUCUUCAGAAUAGAAUUCCAUUAUUAAAGAGAUCUGAAAAAAGGAUACCCAAAGAAAAAAUAUUACGAGGUGCAGCGGCUUAUAUAAAGCAUUUAACGACAAUGCUUACCACAACCGGUGAAAUGUUUAUCGAUGAAAAUGCUCCUGGUUUGGGAAAAUGGUGCGAAAAACGACAUUCCGAUAGCGACGAAAGCGAAAAUUUUGAUCUGAGUAGCUUAGAGAGCAGCGAAGAAACUCUAAAAUUUAUCGAAUCUCUAUCAGAAGUGACAAACUGUGAUUUUUCAUACCAAAGGGAGUUCAUAUGAGAUUUUUUUAUAUCUUUCUUCAAAUCUUAAAAAAGAACUGAUUAAUCUAUGAAUCUA